AUGAGUACAUUCAAAGCUCUGUAUGGUUACAAUCCUCCUCACCUUGCUUUUCCCUUGCACUUUGAUACUACUGUGGAAGCUGUGGAGGACUACUUGAAGAAUAAGGACAUUGUUUUAAACAUUUUGAAAGACACUCUCUUAAGGGCUCAAGAGAGAAUGAAGUUGUUUGCUGAUUUGAAGAGAACUGACAGGAUUUUUGAGGUGGGUGAUAUGGUUUAUCUCAAACUUCAACCCUACAGGCAAGCUUCUCUUGCUUUGCGCAAGAGCUUCAAGUUACAGGCAAAAUAUUAUGGUCAUUUCAAGGUGAUUCAGAAGGUAGGCAACCUGGCUUAUAAAUUACUACUACCUCCAGGCUCUAGAAUCCACCCAGUGUUCCAUGUAUCCCAGCUUAAGAAGCAGAUUGGUGUGUCUCAUAUCCCUUCUCCUCAGCUACCUGUGGUGGAUCAUGAAGGUCCGAUAGUGAUUGAUCCUGCUGAUAUUUUAGCCACCAGAACUUUCUCCAGGAAUGUCUCUGAUAUAUUACAACUCCUUAUCCAAUUGACCAACGCCUCUGCAGAAAAUGCCACUUGGGAGGAUGCCACACACAUUGCUGCUCACUUUCCAGAUUUGUAUCCUUGA